UCAGUCAUAGUGCGUUGUUUACAUUGCACUAAUGCAUUUUCUGAAGUUUUACAUUUAUUUCAACGCGUGAUUAUUUAAAUUUUGUUGUUGGUGUUCAGUGUUUAUUAGAGCAUUUAGUGAUUUUAUGACAUUUGUACGAGUUUACUGAGAAAGACUACCUCACUCAACCAAAGAACAAUGCGUAGAAUCUCGCCAAGCAACCCAGUGAGGCGCUGUCUCUUCCCAUCAGAAGGUGAUGACGAAGGUAAACGAGACAAUAUUAAUAACGUCUUCCAAGAAAUGUACAAACAAGAGGCAGAAAGGGCCAAGGAGCAAUGGAACUAUGAUACAGAAAAUGAUGCCCCCUUACCCGGCAAAAGACCGGUCUAUUGGAAAGGCAAAAACGAAAACGGCGUUUGGGUUGGCGUAAUAAAUGAUACAGACACGGAUGAAAACGAUGAGACAGACGAGGAAAACAAGUCAGACGAAAAUGAACCUAAAGAAGAAGCAGCAAUGCAGCUUGAAGCUACUCCAGCUCCUAAAGCAGCAGUAAAAGAACCCCCUACUCCUACUAGGAAAAGGUCUAGGGAAAAUAGUCCCACUGACACUAGCGCUAAACGCAAACUAGAUCUGUAAAAAAUAGCUGUUGUUAAUCACAAGAACUUAUUUACGAAGAAAAUUACAACAAAAGUUCCAGUAAGGCCUUGUGUACUUACAAGUAAAUAUUUGGCUUUAAAUUGAUGACAGGAAUAUUUAUCUAAGCAUUAAAUUGCACGAGAAAUUAUGAUGCCAUGAGGCUUUUAUGUAUAAUUUUCUGGGAUCUCAAAAUUUCUAUAUUUUCGGUACAAGAUGCCCACUGGAGAGUUUGUGUUCCAAUGAUCUCAGACACCAGAAAUACGCUUCGAACCCCUCUGUACCUAUCGAAUAUACAUACUUUACUUCUAAUGUAAUGACUAUACCGAAGAAUUCCAAAACUCUAAUAACUAUGAAUAUUAUUAUUUUAUUUUUACGCAGAUGCUCGUUUUAAAUUAUAUUUUGUCCUAUUAUUAUCUAAAUUAUGUAUUUUAUCCUACAUCCUCCCUUAUUAUCAUAAUUUUAAAAUACUUGAAAACGUACUACCUACACUACUACUCGUACUACUACGACGGGGGGACCCAAUUAAGGCUCAAAAAGCGUACUCUUUCUAAGGCAGUUGGAUAAAAAGACUAUCAUCCUUUCCACCUUCCAUGACCAAGUUUAUGUAAUCAAUAAGUGAUAAAUGUGCCACUAUAUUGAAUAUGAAAUAUAGCAAAUGGAUACCAAGAAUGAAUGGAUUUAUGUGAAAUUAGUUAGUGAUUGUAUGUAUCUUAUUUAUUAUUCGUAGCUUAUAGAUUUAUUUUUAGAUACUUGUACGAGUAAUGUAAAAUCGAUUCUAUGAAAUAAAUAAACGGCCCGUCAUUUAAUAAAUGAUGCUCAAAACUAGAUUCAAUUCCAGUUUUAAUUUAAGACAGAUUUUUUAUCCUUUUGUAGGUCUAUUCCACUUUAAAAACUUACAAAAGUUCCACUUUAAAGACUCCAAACGACAUUAAAGUGUCCUUUGAUCACCUAUGAAUAAGAAGUUCACUUUGAUCACCUACGUGAUCUUAUCCAUAGGUGAUCAAAGGACACCACAGUGUCGCCUUGAGUCCACUUUGAUCACCUUGGUAAUCAAAUCCAGGUAAUCAAAGUGGAAUAAACCCUACCAACCGGUCAAUAGGGAAAAUUUUGGGCGAAGCUAUGUGCAGCCGUGGACAUCCUUUGGCUGAAGUUAAAAUGAUGAAUAUGAAAAUUGAAUUUCAAUAUUCAACUGAAAUCUAUAGAUUGAUGAGUCUUGAGCAUAAUUCAUUCCGUAAUAUUUUUAAUUUAUUAAUCUUUUAUAGAUUUAGAUUAUGAAUAUUAUUAAUUUAUGAAUGUCAAAACAUCAUCUAUGUAGGAACUGGAUUGUUUAAAAAAUGUGUUUUUUUUUAUUUUAUAAGCAAGAAUUUAAUACUAAAAUUAUGAAAAUGAACUGACUUUGAUAUCUUUUGA